UACUUAAAACUGGUGUGGCGGCAGCUGCAGUGUGGAAAGACGCGGCUGUGGCAAAGAGUUCAGGCCAUUGGGGCUGUUUUCGCUGUUAGCAAGAGUCAUGGCCGGCAGCGCGAAGUGUGGGAUGGCUCAACCAUCUCUGCCAUGGCAGCCAAGCCGCCAGCACCAGAGUGCCUCGCUAACCCCAGCUGCUUUGUGGACCUAAUGUUCAAUCCUGGUCACGAGGUCUACAUGUCGAAGAGGGACGUCCACACGUGCUUUGAUGUCCUGCAAGCUCCAGUGGCAAUUCAGCAAUGGUUUGGGCGACCACCUGUGACGCUUCAUGAGUUGGCACAAACUGCUUCGGUUGCCGUGGACGACCUUCAACACUUCGUGCAAGAUAGCGAUGGAAAACCGGUAGGGGCACAUGAACAAGUUUUUCCGGCAAGCACGGUCUGGCCCAUGGGGUUCAGCUUUUCGUCGUGUGUUGCUCAAGCUGCUACUCUGUCGUGUUGCAGGGAGGCAGGCAUCAGUGAGGAGUCUUUUAUGUCUUUGGACCGGCCGCCACCAGCUUUAGGAGAGGCCUGCGGUGUCGCCACGGAUGACACUUUCUUCUUCCACACGGACAAGCUUUUAGGGCAGCAGCGCCUGGAGCGGCUUGAUGCUGUGAUGGCAGAAAAGGGCAUGCCGAAAAACGUGUCCAAGGAUGUCACGUUGGAGCAAGAGAUGAAGGCUCUUGGUUGCCUGAUUUCUGCUAAGACUGCUACAGUCGAGCCUGCAUCUGAGAAGUUGGUGCCGCUUUUCCUGGCGUGGUUGGAUGUGUUAACCAAGGGUGUUGCCAGUCCUCGCGGAGUACAUCGGGCCCUUGGCGUGCAUCAAUGGUUUUGCCUCUUACAGCGGCCGCUUUUUAGCGUUUUCGACCAGAUCUACCAGUUCAUCCGCACGGAGCCUGCAGAAGUGCAGGUGGUCAUGCCGGAGUCCAUUCGUACUGAAAUUGCAGUGGGUGCGUUCUUGAUGCCCCUCCUUGGAGCAGACCUGUCACGCCAGUUCUUGCCAAAGUUGACAGCUUCGGACGCUGCGCCAGAAUUUGGUUUUGGCGUUUCCUACAUGUCGUGCAGCGCAGCGCAAGCAACGGUUGUGGGUUUCUUGGCCGAGCGCAGGGGUGAUUUCAUCAAGUUCUACCUCGAACCAGGGGAGCAAGAAGGCAAGGACCGAUUGGGGACGCCACACACUUUGCCUUUCUCCAAGAAGUGCUUCAAGGUGGCAGUCAAAGCACGGGCGCAGUGGAAAGCUCACUCAGGGUCUCUCGAAGCACAUGGACUACUGCUGGCUUUGAAAUGGCUGUUGAGGUCGCACAAACAUUUUCAUCAUCGUUUGGUUGUUCUGGUAGAUGCAAAAGCUAUCCUUGGGGCAGCUAGCAAAGGGAGAACUUCUGCUCCCGGCAUACGUGGCGUUGUCCGUCACAUUGGUAGUCUUUUGUUGGCCACCAACAGCUUGCUUCGCCUCGUGUAUGUCCCCACGGAACACAAUCCGGCUGAUGCGCCUUCACGUGGCAAGCAGGUUUGCGGCAGACAUCGCAUCAGAAAGCAAAUUAGCAAGCGUUGCUAA